UGUUGACUUAUUGAGUGAUUAAUGUUCCAGCACAAGUUGUUCUGUCAGAACUCAUCCAGACUGAGGACCAGAUGGACUCCAAGGUGCUCUUCGUCACUUUGACUCUUUGUUGGGGGUCAGCUGCAGGCAGGUCCACAUGGACGGACAAGCCCUGGAUCAUUGUCAGUAGUUCAGACAUAGAGGUGGGGGAGGAGGUGGAGGUUUGUUGCACGCUGCCAAUCGACUACAGAGGAGGCGAGUGUCGUCUCUACAGAGGAGACUCUCGUUUCCCCUUCAGACUGAAGACGGCGCUGGGAUUCAUCUGCGUCUUUCGCUUGUCAUCCAGCGUCCUUCUAGGUCCGCAGCCGGUCGGCAGCGUGGUGUCGCUGCGGUGCGACUACCAGCUGCAACAGUACACGUCCGUGUCUAGCGACGGCGCUAGUGUUGUCGUUUGGGGCACAAGUCCCAGUCCCAAGCUGUCAGUCAGCAAUCAAGUCAUCUCUGCAGAGGACACUGUGGAGGUCAUCUGCUCGCCGCCACGCCCAUCAGUCUACAAAUGUCACUUUUACAGAGACCAGGACCGCAUUGCUGAGGGCCCCUGCCGACGUAACCUGACGGGCAGCCAACUGGCCGUCUGGGCAAAACCCGCCGUACUACUUCCUGUCAACCUGACCUGCCGCUACCGGCCCGAUAAAGACCUUAACUUUCGCUCUGAUGCUAGCAACAACAACAUGCUGUUUGUAGUCGACGCCGCACGGGCAUCGUCCUCACUGGAUUGCAAAGUUCCGGUCAACUCAGGGCAGCUUGCGGCAUUUCGAGGCCUCAGCUGGACUUAUGCAAGCGGCAGUGGGACAAAGGUCAGAGUUCACGGGACAGACAGUGGCAUUCAGCUCAACGCUACGUGUGACCACGCAAAACCAUAAAAAGCUGUGAUGAUAACUGACUGAUCACAAUAAAAUACUAUUAAAUAUCAUUGA